AUGGCGGCAGCAGCCGCGAGCAGGGUGGCCGGCGGCUCGUGUUCCGCAGAAGCAGGACCCACCGAGCCGCUCUGCCACGAGAGUGAGAAGGUGAAGGCCAGUGGCUGGCUGGCGCGGACGCUGAGGCCCAUGGGCGAAGGCUCCCUGCGGGGCUCGGUGCUGACCCUCAUGUCAGCGUCGAUCGGCCCCGGCUCGCUGCUGCUGCCCUACAUGUUCCGGCUGCUGGGCGUCCCCAUGGGCGUGGCGUGCAUCGCCUUCGGCACGUACUGCGGCGCGCAGUCACUGCGGCUCAUCAUGACCGUCGCCCACCUCACGAGGUGCGACUCCUACUCCGCCGGCGUGGCCUGCCUGCUAGGGCCCCUGGCGGGCAACGUGUUGUCCGCCGUCCUCUCUGUGACCAUGGUUCUCGCCACGGGCACGCACCUGAAGUUCCUGGCUGGCCUGCUCCCCUGCCUGCUGCCCGACGCCAGCACCGCGCGCUUCACCGCCAUCGCGCUGGUCUUCCCGCUGUGCGCGGUCCGCGACGUGGGGGCCCUGCGGUACGCCGCCAUGGUGGGGCCCGUCUUCCUCGUGUACGUCACGGUUCUGCUCGUGGUGCGAGCCGCCCUCCCCGGCGCGGCCGGGGCGGACGCCGCCACGGCCUUGAGCCCGGCCGGCGCGGCGGCGGGGCCGAGCUCGUGGGAGGCCUUGAGCGAGCUUCCCCGGGCCUGGUCGAUAGUGCUCAACGCCCUGACGUGCCACCACGUGGCCGUGCCCGUGUUCCGGCAGCUGCACCGCGCUAGGGCGCAGCGCGUGAACAAGAUGAUCCUGCGGUCCGUCACGUUCAUGUCCUCCAUGUACACGCUCAUCGGCCUCGCUGGGUUCGCCUCCCAGGGCGCCGACACUCCAGAGAACAUCCUCCUGGCGUUUCCCGCCACGGACUCGGCCGCGGCGCUCGGGCAGGCGCUCGUCGGUUGCAUCCUGAUGGUCUCGAUCCCGCUCUGCGUGGCCUCGCUCCGGGUCCAGGUGCAGCACCUCUUCCCGCCCGAGCUCGCCCGCAGCCCGACUGGGCACGCGGCCAUCACGGUGCUGCUCCUGCUGCUCCCCACUGGCAUUGGCGCGUUCUUCCCCAACGUCACGUCCAUGCUAGGCGUGGCCUGCGGAUUCGGCAUGGCCUUCUACAUCUUCGUCGUGCCUUCGGUCUGCGUGGUGGCCCUGCGAUGGCGGCCGGGCGCGCACCCGCCGGGGGGCGCGCCACCGUGCGGCCCAGGGGGCGGCGGCCCGCUCCAGGAGACCUCUUGCUGUCCUCCCCCCUCUCGACGCCCCUGCUGGGCCGCGGCAUGGUGA